AUGACUCAAGGAAGGCGAUGCUUCAUCGUAGUUUCGGUGAUUUCAGGUCGAAAUUUUAUCGACAAGCCAGGAGCCAGUGUGAUUGCCGAGGCCAAGUUAGACCAGGAACUACUCUCCACAGAUCCUGUCCCUCAUUCUUCUACCCCACACUUUGAACAGGAACUUGCUUGGGAAGUCGAUCGCACCGGCUUAAGACAAUAUCGACUUCAACGCACUUCCAUAAAACUGCAAAUUUUCACCGUCGAUAACGAUGCUUCCUCUUGUUCGAGGAGCCUCCUUGGCUACAUUAUUUUAGAUUUGCGCUCAGCUACUGAACGCAAAACCUUUAAAUGGUUUCAGUUGCUCAACUCGAAGCUGAGGCCUUGUUCAGAGAUUUACUGUGGCCUUUAUAUCGAUCCAUGUAGUUCGGAUAACCCUGAGACGUUUGGUAACCCGGAUGAAAUCCCUUUGGAGAUGAAGCAUUUUGUGGAUACUUUUGAAAACCAAUUGGUUGAUUGCUUCGAAAUUGAUGGUUCGAGCGCCUCCAAAGAAUGUUAUCUCAUCUCAGCAGUUCUGGUCUCAAUCCCACAACUUUCCAAGCUACUACCUCUUGAAGUGUCACCUUCAUCGAUCUUCAAACUAGUUCUGCGUUGUAUGAGUGGUAGUCCAUUCGUUUGGGAGUUUAGAGAAGAAGAUUGCACCAAAUUAGCUACUGAUCAUUACAAAUUUUUCAUCAGGUCGUCGAAGGAUGCCCUUCGGGUCUGUCUCUCACGAACCAACAUUAUUGAAAUAACACUUUUUGCUGAUGAAAAGUUGAUCGGUCAUUGUCAAGGGAAUUUGUCACUCAUUGGCGACCGAAUUACUUCGGCCACUCGGUACCCUCUUUCUGUGGAUGUCACGUUUACCUUGACUUCUUCUGAGGUUGGUAAUGCUAAAUCGUCAGUCAUUUUGCGAUUCACUGUAACUAACCAUGACAUACAGCUACUCGCUAAAGGAUUGGAUUCUCACCUUAGAGCAAGCCCCAAAAGGAACGAUAGAUGUUCGCCGGCUCAAGUACCUGAUCUGGACACGGCACUAGGUCAAAUGCAAAUGAAUCCAAGGUCGGCUUCUGAGACGUUGGUGUCACAACCACCACUCACUUCGCGAACAACAGCACCUCAAAUUCCCAGCAAUUACAUGAAUGAGAGUGUGCAACUGCGUCGGUUCUGCUACACCAUAGAGUUGAAGACUAUAAAGGCCUGUUGUGAACCGUCGAACUCAAAGGAGAUCUAUGUCUACGCCAAAUACGUUUAUCCUCUAUUUGGAACAACAAAUCCCAUAAUGACGCUUCCACCUGUACGGUUUUCUGUAAACGAAGAAAAACACUUUUCUCAGGGUUACUGCACUUUCGAGCUGGCUGCUGAUUUUUCAGAGUUCAAGUCGCGUCUUCUCAAGGAACCACUAAAUGUAGAGAUUCUGGGUCGAUGUUCUGAUGGUCCAAGUGGUCUUGAGUCUUCUCUUGGGUGGGCUGUCAUUCCUCUUGGCGAAAUCUUCCCAGAGCCCGUUAUUGAGAUGUCAAAUAGUCAGCGCAGGUUGAUGACAGGAGUAACAGACGUUAAGUUGAACGGGAAAUUAAUGGCCCAGAUAAAAUAUUCUCUCGUUCUGGAUGAUUUUGGUGUGUAUAACUCUUCAACGACUGCCGAAAUCACUUCUCUCAACCGAAUUGAGGAACGGAAUAUUGAUUUCGCGAAAGUGGUUCCAGAGGACACAGCAAAGCUACCUGCUGAUAUUCGUCAGACUUCUGAGUAUCGAACAGCUCUUGAGCUGGAACUCUGGAAGGCCAAGGAAGAGGAGCGCUUUAAAAAUAAUUUGAAGCUUCGAGAGCAAAAAAUGUUGACAGUGUUUGCAGAGGAAUGGAAACGUCGGGAAGCUGAGAGGGAGGUGCUAUGCAAGAAGAAGAUGCAGGAAUACCAAAUGCUGGAGGAUAAACUGAGAUCAGUUCUGGAGACCUUGGUAGAACGAGAAAAGCAGUUGACUCUCAGGGAAACGACUCUCAAUGCGGCGCAACGAGAUCUUGAAAAAAAUCUCGAGAUUCGUGAGAAAGACCUGUUAAAUGAUGUUCAAAGAAAAAUUCGCAAUGCUGAACAGGCUAUUACUAGCGAACAACAGCGAAAUUUUCAGCUUAACAACGAACUGGUCUCCUUACGAGAAAAGUGUAAAGGUCUUGAGGAACGACUGAUUGAGCAGCAUCUCAAAGCUUCCACUGCCACUGUCGGUGCGACUGCGGAUGCAAAAGACGUGGUAGAGCAGGGAAAACGUGAUGACGAGGAGAUUCGUCGCCUGCAAUUUGAGUUAGUCCGUCUGACUACAGAGUUGACAAACGCUCAGAGUCAAAUUUCCACCAUGGAGCGACGUUUGGACGGUGCGUUACGCGGGCGGAUUCGGUAUAAGGACCUAUGGACUCGAGCGUUGCAAGAGGUGACUCGACUGAGGCAGGAAGCUGCCAGCGCCACUAAACAGGAGCUUCAGCGUCGUGAGGCUGAGGAAGCGCAUAUUUCCUUGUUUUUUGCUUUUUUUUAUAUUUUCCAAAGUGGGAAAUUUUCUUGCAGAAUGGAAGAACCUACACUGGGUAUCCAGGAGAAUUCCCCCCCUCCACCCUCAAUUGCCUUUCAAAAAACCAAUGACUCAACCCUUGACGCCCAGUUGAGGCGCUUGAGGGAUGAACGAGAGUGUCUUCUGGCCUCUGGCGUCUACUACGAGGAUGAUGCGCUGAUUAUUGACCUAGACAAGGAGAUCAAGCGGCUCCAAAUCGCCGUUAGCAAUUCUGCUUGA